GGCACCAAGAAGUACAAAGAUGUCCCAAGACAGGGCAGGGUAAGGGCUACUCUCUGGCCUUGACCAUGGAUGGUGGUUACCAGCUAUGGGCACCCUGGUCUCCACUAGAUGAAUCUCUGCAAUGGCUGAGGGGCACCCUCCCCAGGCCGGGAGUUUCCAAGCCUCUCUUCCGAGCAGGACGGAGCCCAGCUGCUGCAGAUUUAGAAGUGCAGCUUUGUUUCCAGGGCCUCAGCCUGGUCCUGGAGCCUCGUGCGAAGAUGGGAGCAGGACAGCCACCAGGAGCAGCUGGGGAGACAAGAGGGCACAGUGGGUCUGUGCGUAAACCCCAGGCUGUGCGUCUCACAGGGAUUGAUUCGGUAUUUGGACACCUUGUGACAGUACAGCCCCCACGCUGGAGUGGCUCCCUUAGGGUAUCCGAGCAUUCGGCCUUCCAUCAAGUCAUAAGUGCCCACCAGCGCUGGCCCCGAGGGCUCCGGGAGCCCCAAGUGCACAUGGCUAUGGCUAUAUGUCGGCAAAUGCUGCGUGCCAUGCUCCUGCUCUAUGCUGCCUACAAGAGGUGUGCCUUCGCAUUGCAACAUUCCCACUGAGGACCCGUCUGCCGAGGGCCGAAGGAAACCAACCCUUGCUGCGAUCAAGGGAAUCCCUCAAUUACAUCCUCUUUGGAGAUCUGUUCUUCCUACUUUCGAGGAGUCUAUUCCAAUCAGCUAAACAUCUGCUGAUUGGGGAUACCCAGCUGAAUUGUAAUUUGCCAAUAUAAUCGUUCAUAAUUAUUAUAUAUGAAAGAAACAUUUCAAGUAAACAGUGUCAUUGAAGGAAAUAUUUCUGAAACUCCAACAAUAUGUAAAACAUAUCCCCUUUGAGAAACAACAGUCACACAUUUGCACAUGUUGAAGAACAUGCACUCAGCAAACUGAGAUAAUUGGACUUCUACAUGGGAUGAACAUGAAAUUCAAGAACAUUUUUAAUACAAGAAAGAAUAUUAAAGCAAAUUUAAACAUAAAAACCAUUAAGGCACUAAAGAACAAGACUGAGAAAUAAAUCCAAUUCGCCAGGAUUAGAGACUAAAAGGCAAUAGGAGGGAUGUAUGCGAGUAUUCUAAAAGCUGUAUUAAUUUCUAAAUAAAAUGAUUAUCUCAACCACA